ACUGGCUUCAAACCGGCAUCAUGUUCAAGCUGCUAGCUAUCGUUCUCCUGGCCACAACGGCUCUCGCUUCCAAGAGAUAUGACAAUUUCAAGGUCUUCGAAAUCGAGGGCAAAACAGACGAGCAGAUUGCUGCCAUAAAUGAACUGGAGAGGAAGUCUUCACUCUUGCUGGACGUUUGGAGAGGAGCGGGAAGGGAACUUCCGGCGCAUAUUAGUGUCUCUCCUCAACAACAGGGGGCGUUCAAAAGGAAACUCCAAGAACUGGGACUAGACUUCAAAGUCGUGGUGGAAAAUGUCCAGGAUCAGAUCGACGAGGUCGACCGACAAAUGAACGCCAUCCCCAAGAAUGCCCGUAACAUCCUCAAUUCCUACUACAACUACGAGCAGAACAAGGACUAUUUGGAGGGAUUGCGCUCGCAGUACAAUGACCGGAUGUCGAUUGUGAACUUCGGGAAAUCUAGAUACAACAGGGAUCUGUUUUACGUCAAGCUUUCCUCUGACAGAUAUUCUUCGGAGAAGCCGGAAGACUCGAAAAAACAAGUCAUUUGGAUGGAAUCAACCACGCAUGCGCGUGAAUGGAUUACCAACGCUUGUAUUCUAAAUCUCAUUGAAUGGCUCAUGGCAAACUACGGAUCCGACUCUGAUGCCACCUUCAUGCUGGACAAAUUUGAUUGGUUCAUUGUUCCUGUUCAGAACCCGGAUGGAUACGCUUAUUCGUUCUCUAACGAUCGCAUGUGGCGAAAAACGCGUACAACCGGAAGUUGCAUUUCCUGGCAAGGUCAAGGUAACGGGGUUGACCCCAACAGGAACUGGAGUUACGGCUGGGGCAUCAACGGACAGACGAACAGGUGUGCAGCUGAUUACCAAGGUCCCAGCGCCCUGAGCGAGCCAUGCACCUCCAGCAUGGCGGCAGAAAUGGACAAGACACCAUCACAGUACCGCAAGGCAUUCCUCUCCCUUCACUCGUACAGCCAGCUUAUCCUGACGCCUUACGGAUAUGACAGAUAUGCCAGCGUGCCCAACUACUCUGAACAGGUGAGUUAG